GAACGGGGAAGGAUUUUUUGUUUUGAUCCGACACAACUCCGACAGCUGCAUGGAUUCUGAAAGUAGAGCGAGAGUAGAACAGUACUGUGCCAGGUUCGGGGAGAGCACAGAACACGGAAUGGACGAGAUGAAGAUGCGCAUGACCGGCACGAAGGCGCUUUGUAUGUGUUGAGAUCGGGUGAACUCCGACAGUGGCGGCACCCUGUGCCAGUGAGAGAGGGAGCAAAUUCGACCGAAAGAGAGCGAGCAAAUUGAAGGCACUAUGCAGAGAUAAUUGAGGAUCUACGCUUUUCAACGUAGCCGGAUAGGCAGCAAAUCAAUAAUUAAGGCUGUGCUCGAUAAAGGCGCUUACUGUGAGAGAAGGGCAGUUUGGAUUCUCUCUUUGCGACGGAGAGCGAUCCGACUGGAAAUUGAUUUGCAGCUUCGUUUUGGGCACUAGUACGCAAGGCUCGUGUGUUUUGCGUGCAGACGAAGAUUCAGUCAAUGCUUGUUUACCGUGCGCUUCGGACGUGCUUGUUAUCCCGUGCGUGGCGUUUUUAUCUCUCGGUGUAGUGUGUGGCUGGCAGAAAGGUUGGGAAGCAUCCGAUGAAAAGAGUGAAAAGGUGAAACCUAAUAAGAGAAGGAAGCAAUUUUGACCCAUCGAAAAUUUUCAUUUCUUGCCCAAGGGGAGGAAGUAAAUUGGUGUGCAGAGUGUUGAACUCGCUCCGGUAGAACACAGAGGAAGACGAACAUUAAUAUCGACACGCAACUGGGCUGCAAAAGCAGCAAAUGAAGCAGAAGUGGAAGGCGGCAAUGAUGAGAAGUGAAGAGUGGAAAAAUCAAUCGCAGUUGUAGGAACGCGUUAAUGCACACGAAGAAGCCGCCGAAGAAAUGCUGGCACUGGGAAGAUACGAGAAAAAAGUGGGAAUGCCCUCGAAUUUCGGCAGGUCUCGAGUGCUGUAGAGCGGAAGUACGUAAUUAUCGUUUUCCAGAGAGAGAUUGGAGGUGAAUUAAGAUUUCAAAAGCCAAUUUCGGAACGGAAGCUGGAAGAAAGCAAACCGCCUGAGAUUAAGUGCUUUCCUCAGGCUGGCAUGCGAAAAGCACCGUGGGAGAAGAAGGUGGUGGUUUGGUGAAGCGUGUGAGGAGUGCGGAUGACCACAAGGAUUUGCGAAUGGACUCAUGUAAACAUUGGGUUGUGAGUGUAUCGUAACGUAAAACAAAUAGAUGAAUGGUGUAGCCUGUGUCGUCUGGCCUUUUGAGAUUAAAAGAUAGGAAGGAAACCCGGAGAGCAAGAACCAAAACGAACCGCAAAAAAGGAUUAUGAAAUAUUCAAUUUCCGAGUAGUUUUUUUCGGGGCUUUUGUGGUUUGCCAAUUGUUCCGGUCGAACGUUCUCACGCAUAUAAACAAACCCGUGUGUGAUCCAGGAGAGACGGAGUUGUUGGCCAUUAAACCGUGUGCGCCAGGAUCUCACACCCGAGCCGACUCCCGAACGUAUUACGUAAUAAAUUUUCGUACGAGGCACACACAUAACAAGGAUUAAAUUGGAUUUAUUACCAGUGAAUAAAAAAUAGAUUUAUGAAUCAAAUUGAUUUUUUUAUGUUUUUUCGCCACUUCAUCGUACAUUGGUGGGAGAAGUCUGGAAACACGCGAACCGAAAGAAGAAAGGUGGGCACAGUGCAUCGAAAUAAAGUCCAGUGCUGAAGAGGGCUAUCGUUUAAUCGAAUCAUGAUAAAUUGUAACGUGGUGAUUGAAAUUCCGUAGAUCCGAUUGUGGCUGACAAAGACCACGAAGAAAUAGUUCCAUGAAAAAUCAAUUGCGUGAGCCGAAGUAGCAAAAAGAAGAAGAAAAUAAGGUGGAACGGCGAAAUUCACUUUAGUGCUCAUUAACGAAAACGAAAAAGGAUCAAAAACACCCGCUCAAAUGAGAAAUGUGUUUGGAUAGUGAAAGCAACGGACGUUCAUUUAGAAGUAACGAUACUAUGGAAAUUCUAAAUCGGUGAAACAGUGCUACGAAACAACUCCGACAGAGAGCAUUCACUCGGAUUAAAUGUGAUUAGGAGUGUGACGUCAAUAAACUGGAUCAAAAACCCCGUCGAAGAACAAGGAAGAAUAAUCUGCGUAGACCGAUCAAACAUUGAACAGACGCGAGUGAUUACAUUGUGCGUGUUAGUGUACUCAGCUGGACAAACUAAGCGAACAGAGGCGAAAAUUGUCUAAUCCUCUUGAUAAUAAGCUUAAUAAUUUGUAAUCCUCAUCGCGUUCAAAGGACAGAAUGACCGAAGGCAUUGUGUGCAAUUAUCAUGCUCUGAAACCGAUUAUCUAGAUCGUGUACCUUCAUUCCAUUCUCGGCAAAAAAGAGGAGACGAAAGCUGGCUGCUGACUAAAUCCAAAAAUCCUUUUUAUACGCUCGAUGCCUGUGCCUAGCGAAGGAAGGAAACUCGCCUAAUUCCUUUAGAUCGCUACGAUAAGGACGAACGGAGACCAUCAGCGCGAAAAGCAAACAUAGAUGAAAGUCUGUGCUCUGCAUCAUCGUCAUCAUCGUUAGCCGUUGUAUACGAGCGGACAAGCAGACUAUGAUAGUGCCUCCCUCGUCACGAGAACCAACAGCAAAGCUGAGAUUGAUGGUAGCAUAUCGCAUGCUGCUAGUAUUUGGCACAUUCUGUCGGUACUGAUUCAUCUCACCACCAGCAACACCGAAUACUCAUGCCAGUUCGCGUGCACCGAAUAUCAUCGUCCAGUCGAAACAUAGAAGAACAACAUCAACAGCAAGAACCGUAACACAUCAAACACCCCGGUGAUCUCUUUAUUCGCCAUCAUCAGCAACGGAAAAGCUCGGUCGUCUCAAACGCAAAUCAUGACUGAACAACAACGGUGGCAUUGCUUCAGUAUCAGCAGAAGUGAAUCGACGACUAUGGCACCAGAGCCGGACAUCAUUAGCACAGACCGGACGAAAACGCACUCUCAUCGUACGAAAACAUCAACAUCCUCAAUCUCGUCCAUCUUCUCAAGUGGUGCUUUGGCGGUGAUGCUGCUCCUACUGACCGCAUGCAUUGUCCGAACGGGUGCCGAGCGAAGCUGUCCAGCAGUGUGCCAAUGCAAAUGGAAAGGCGGCAAACAGGCGGUUGAAUGUAUCGAUAAGCAACUAAUAUUCAUUCCAACCCAUAUUGACCACACCACGCAAGUACUCGAUAUGUCGGGCAACAAUCUGCAGAUCCUACCCAAGGAGGUGUUCAGCAAAGCGAAUCUGCUCAAUCUCCAAAAGCUUUUCCUGCGCAAUUGUCGCAUCGGGCAGAUUGACGAUGGAGCUUUUGCCGGUUUGACCAAUCUGGUUGAGGUAGAUCUGUCACUGAACUUGCUCACAGCAGUUCCAACGGCAGCAUUCCAGUUCAUACCAUCGCUCAGAGAUCUCACGCUUGCUCGAAAUCACAUACAGAAAAUCGAAUCGCACGCCUUUCGGAACGUCACAAGUCUCACAAAGCUGGAUCUUGCGUACUGCGAAAUCCAAACCAUCGCACCGCAAGCAUUUGAAGGGCUUAGCUCACUGCACACGCUCAAACUCAAUGGCAAUCAGUUGUCAGAACUACGGCCUAAAACGAUAGAAACAUUGAACAAACUUCACGGAGUUGAACUCCAUGAAAACCCUUGGGUAUGCGAUUGUAGAUUACGGGCAGCCAAGGUUUGGCUGACGGAUAACAAGAUUCCCUACACAAUUCCCCCGGUAUGCGCAGGUGGACCUGAGCGAAUUAUUGGUAAGUCUUUCUACGAGCUCCAAGUAGAUGACUUUGCUUGCAAACCGGAGAUGCUUCCGGUUCGAAGAUACAUUCAAGCUUAUUCCGGUGAAAACGCAAGCAUCGAAUGUAGAACUAGUGCCGUUCCAUCUGCCAACGUCAACUGGUACUGGAACGGAAAGCUAUUGCACAACAAUUCACAAUUCAGCUCCCACCAGAGAGUAUACGUAUACGAGCAAGGCAAUUUUGAAAAGCGUAGCCGACUGGUGCUGACCAACGCCCAAGAAACGGACUCCAACGAGUUCUAUUGUGUAGUAGAAAACCGAGCCGGCACAGCCGAAGCUAACUUUACCCUGCAUGUGGUAGUACGCGAUAUUGGGUUCGCGAUCGAAAACAAACAAAUCAUUGGUCUGAGUGCCGCCUUGGUGAUCCUGAUUCUGUUCAUUCUGUUGAUCAUAUUAUUCCUGUUGGUACGAUUGCGACGGAUACCGAUGCCGGACACGAAAACUCCGAAUCAGGUCGAGGUGAUCACUUCUGUAAGUCCUUCUAGUAAUGUAAAUGGCAAGGUGAGCACACCUAUUAAUGAUGUCCAUUCUCCAGAUCGAAAAAACUCCGGCGAUCUAAAGUGCGCCAACCCGGUGCAGAAACCGCCUCGAUUGACUGAUCUGCCUUACUCGACGUCCCAUUACGACGCCGGUGGCAGCUUGAUCGCAUCCGGAAACUGUUUCGUGUCGCCAACGCAUUCGUCCGCUGGGAAUAACCCAGAUUUGAUCAACGACACGAAACGCCUCGGAAGCAUUGGCGAUCUGGCCAAUACCGGCGGAGGACCGGGUCUGCUCGAAACUACUAACAGCGCCAUCAACAGCGCCACAAAUACAUCCCUAUCGGCGAACGUAGUCAGUGCGCUCAAUACUCUUUCGUUGAUGGAUCCCAUCGAGCGGCCCGGUAGUGGCGAAUACAGUCGAGCUGGCUGUGAUUCACUGUAUCCGUCCGGUCUAUGGGAAACGCACAGCUCCAACCUUACGUCAGCACUGGAGCAGACUAGCGAUAUGCUGCUAGCGCGAGCUUCCGGUCCCACGAUCGCGAGUGGUGGCUACACUGCCUAUUCGGACAAGAUCCCCAUCAUUGGUGCUAACAACAAUAUGAUGAACUUGGACGACGAGACCUCCUCGGUAGACUAUCUAAGUCGGACGUUUCCGCGGACGCACUUCGGAGGCAGUGGAACCAUCGGCGGUGGAGGAAGCAGCAGUGGUUCCAGCGUAGCAGGUGCCGUAGGGGGAAUCACCACUGCUGCCACUAUCGGGGGUACCAACACUACCAGCGGCGGUGGAUAUCCCUCGGACUACGGGCUGCCCAUCGUGCCCGGGGCCGAGCAGUUGCACAACAAACUCAGCAGUAUACAGCCGGCACAUCACGGUAGCACCGGGAGCAUGCCGAUGAACGCGAAAACGCUCCGAGUGUGGCAGAAAGGCGGCGUACCGGUGCUGCCUCCAGUGACGGCCUUGAAACGUGCAUUAUCCAACAGUCGGAACUCUCCAGACGAGGGCUAUCAGGAAGGAUGCGGUACUGAUGUGUAGUCAAUUUUUUAAAGUUUUUGUUUUUAAGCGUGUGAUACGAACGAACGGUUGACAGAGAGCGUUUAUUGUUUAUUUUGUAUACAUUUUUUCACUCGCAUGAGCGCGCGGUUGUUUGAUUAAAAAUUCCCUGGUUGGAAAUACGAGGCUGAGCAGCAGAGAAGUUUUCACCAAGUUUUCCUUAUCGGGGUUGUCGACUGAGUAAAACUAGUAAAUGUUGUAAACACAAAUGAGAUGUUGUCUCUGAAGACAAACGCAGUGUACGUACGAAUCUCGAGGCUCGCAUUCAGGCGGAUUAUGUGAAAAGGGCGUACGAAGGAAGCCCUCGCAAAGGUCAUCCUCUUCUGGAAAUGAAAAAGACUUGUAAUUUAAUUAAUAAAUCAGAAAAACGGUAAUUAAAUAGGUGUACAGAACAGAAACUAGUUUAUAUAAUUAUAGCGAAAGAAUAAAUUAUAUAUACACAUUCAAGGAAAACAAAAC